AUGCCGAGCCAUGACAUCGUCCAGUCGAGGUUGCCAGCACUUCACCUCACUGGCCAGCGGAAGCAUCCAGGAAAUGUGGCUCGACGGCUUUUGAGGACACCGAUGCUGGAGCCGUGUACGUACCUACAGCAUCACAAGGCGCAAGCACCUCGUCAACUUCCAGCUCUAUCGCAAAACCCGAUUACAGUACAAUCGAUUGAGGCUGUAGCGUAA